CGACUGGCGCCGAGAAAAUUUUCAGCAUCAUAACGAUGUUGAUUGGAGGUAAACACCGAACCACCAACAACCAGUAUAGUAUAAUGUUAUACUGUCAUUACCGUUGUUGUUAUUGUUGUUUUCGUGUCUGAUAACUGAAAGUAUUGUGUCCCCCGUCCGGUCGUGACCGUGUAUAUAGCGCUCAUGCACGCCGUGGUGUUCGGUAACGUGACGGCCAUCAUCCAGCGCAUGUACUCCCGGCGGUCGCUGUACCAGAGCAAGUGGCGGGACCUGAAAGACUUCCUGACGCUGCACCAGGUGCCCAGUGAGCUAAAGCACAGGAUGCAAGAUUACUUCCAGACCAUGUGGUCACUCAACCACGGUAUCGACAUUCACGAGGUAAAUAUAAAUAAAUAUAAUUAUAUUAUUAAAGGUAUAUUUGUAUGUGUCUGUUUAAUGUUCCAGACGUUGAAAGAGUUUCCGGAAGAGCUCAGGGGUGACGUGUCUAUGCAUUUACAUCGAGAGAUCCUGCAGCUGCCCAUUUUCGAAUCCGCUUCGCAGGGUUGUCUAAAACUGUUAUCGUUACACAUACGCAGUAAUUUUUGCGCUCCCGGUGAAUACCUCAUCCACAAAGGCGACGCCCUCACUUCCAUUUACUAUCUGUGUAAUGGAUCCAUGGAAGUCGUGCAAAAUGAAAUGGUCGUCGCCAUUUUAGGUAAAAUAUUGUGCUAUUUAUUAUUUCUUCUGUUUCUAUAUCCUCAAAAUACCAAUGUUUUCUUCAAAUGUUACAUCUUAAUAGCAACAUAAUAAUAGCUAGGUAAAUGAUAAUAGUAAUAGGUGGGCAAUAGGUAAUUUAAUAAUUCACUAUCGAAAAUAUUAUAUACGUAUCACAUAAUUAAAUCAAUUCACUAAUAAAAUGUAAUUCGUCUUGCACGCGUUAUUUAAAACGGUUUUUUGACGUGAACGUAAUCGUUUUUUUUAGGCAAAGGCGAUUUAGUCGGUUGUGACAUUAGCAUGUGGCUGGGGCAAGGAAGCGGUUCGGGUAACGCGGGCGUCGGGCCCGGUGGCGGAAAUACCGUCGGCGGGACGAGUGGUGACACAGUGGUCAAGUCGAGUUGCGACGUCAAAGCUUUGACUUAUUGUGACCUGAAAUGCAUUAACGUGCUGGGGUUAGUGGAAGUGUUGCGGCUCUACCCCGAAUAUCAACAGGAGUUCGCCAACGAUAUACAACACGACCUGACGUACAACAUACGCGAAGGAUACGAGGCCGAAGUAAUUAAACCUCACAAAGUACAUAUUUUGUUUUAAUUGAAAGCAUAUAAUAUACGUAAUAUUAUUAUAACAUGUGAUAUAUAUAUAUAUAUCUUUACAUAGUAUUAAUAAUAUUAUUUUCGUUAUCUAAUAGCUAUUAUGGAAUAAUAAUUAACGAAUAAAUGUUUAAAGAUGAUAAUUUAUGUAUGUAUACUUCAACGUGCCGUAUAUAAUAUAAUAUUAAACUUAAAUUAAUUUUCAUAAUUACUCAAAUCAAUUGCACGAAACACAUUAGAUAGUUAAAUAUAAUAAUAUUUAUUAUUAUUAUGCCUUUAAUGUAUAUUAAUAAUUUUCGAUAAACAUAUAUUUUAGUGCGUUUAAAUAUAUAAGAUUCUAAGCGUGGCAAAGUAUAAUGUAGUUUGGUUUAAUAUGUUGUGUGCUUUUAGAUUCUGGCGAAGUGAAAAUGUUUUGGUAUUAUUGUAGCUAUUGGAAUAAAUAGAAAAAGCUGACAAUUCUUUUGUGCAAUUGUUGUUGAUCAUAGGUUACCUCCGAAACCAUACGACUAGAAUGAUACUCGGUUCAGAAUCGUUUUUCGUUUUCAACGGUUCAUUGUUAUAUUACAUCGCUCUAUAUCUCCCUGACUAACCUCCGCCUAUUUUAUUUUUUCAUUUUAUUUACGACUUUUCUACGUGCAAUUUUAUUCCGAUCGUCGUCUUUAUGAUGGUUUCCAAUUUAAAAUUUUAUAUUUUUGGUGUAUUGAAGAAAUACAUUUUUAAAGAGUGUAGCCCCUUUUCUGAAAGGUGACUUUUUCUAGUUAUUGCAAUGAGGGAGUCAUUUUUGGUUUUUCUAAGGGGUUUUCAAAAUAAUUAAGAAGAAUCCAAAAGAAAAUUAUAGAUAAAACACCAAAUAUUUACCGUGCACGGUGACAUUACCGUGUUUUCAUUGCUUUUAAUUUUUAUUCACGAUGUUUUCUACCAUAAAUAUUGCUCCAAUAUAAAAACGACAAGAGAUCUUUUUUGUUGUGUUUUUAAUCUAAUUUGGGAUUAAGUAAAUUUCUUUAUUGAUUUUUCUUGUUUUUUUUUUUUUGUAAUGAUUGAGAAAAACCAGAAAAUCACGAAAAAUGAAAGCUGAUAAAUUUAUAGCACAAAGAUUUUUUUAAUUAACAUUUUUACGGCUUAUGUUUUCUACCAAAAUUAUUGCUCCGAUGGAAAAACAGCAAGAGACCUUUUUUUCUGUGUUUAAUUAAAACGUUUUUUUGAUUUUAUUGGUAGUUUUUUAAUAAUUGAUCAAACCGAAAAGUAGAAAGUACAGGAAAAUAAUAAUUUUAUUAUUUAAAUUUUUCUUUUUUUUAAUAUAAGCCAAUUAAAAAUAUCCGUAGAGACUUGAAAUUUUAACAAAAAACUUAUAUUUGCUUUUUGUAGACGUGGUAAAAUGUUUAAGGCAUUUAAGCUAUUUUUGAGCUAUUUAUAAACAUUUUAAUAUGCUAGUUUUUUAUGUAAUUUUUAUUUGUUUGGUACUCUAUGAAUAAAACUAUGAGAUCGAACAGAAAUACUUUAAAAUAUGGCAAGAGAUUUAUUAUAAGUCGUAAUUAGUGGUCAAAAAAAUAAAAUUGAGUGAAUAAUGUAGUAUUUUUUUUUUAUAUAUAUAUAUGAGAAUUUAAAAAUUAAAUGUUAACGAAAUCGUGAAUAUUACAGUCUUUCAAAACAUGUAUAAUCGAAUUUCGCCCUGAAUCUUUUUUCACUAGCAAUAGUUUAUCGUUAGUUACAGGUAUAAAUUAAAAAAACUUUAUGUAUCCCACAUAUAACAAUAGCCGUACCAAUUUUCAGUAUUAGCUCUUUUUGUUUUAUUGUUUUAUGUGGAUUUUAGUUUUUUGGUUUUUCAAAAAUGCUCAUAUUUAAGACGAAAAAACACGGAGAAUAUAAUUUGUAGUUACAAAUCAAUACAAUUUUCUGUUUUAAGUUUAGUGAUACAUGUUUACCCGAACUUCGCUUAGAAUUAAUUUCGUUAGCAAUGAUUUAUUGUUGUGUACAGAUAUAAAUUAAAUUACUCCGUGCAUUGUACUUCACGGAGAUCUAACGAAUGCUAUAACUUUUGUUCUGAAAACUUUUUAAGUUUUUUUCUUCUAAUAAUUACCAGAGCCUUUCACUAUGGUUUCUCUAUUUUAUAUUUUGUUUAAAACUAAAUUAACUAACUACAUUUUUAAAAAAUCCAAAAUAGCCAUUUUAUUAUGUAGGAUUUUAAGUCGACAUUUUGCUUUUAAAAUUAUUUACAAAUGAUGAAUCGUUAAUUUACUAAAAAGUUUUGAAGUUUACAGUGGUUUAAAUUGUUUUUUCAUUUCUAAAACUAAAUAAUAUCAAAAAUAAUUUCGUUUAAUUUGUAUAAUUAUUAUAACACCAAAACUUUAUUUUAAAAUAGAUAUAUACCCUGGAUUUUAUAAAAACAAUUUUUUUCAAAUUUAAUUUGUUUUACAUUUAUUUUAAAAAAAAAUUUUUAAUAGAUAAGGCAUUAACAAUUUUACAAGAAAACAACUUAAAAAUAUUGAAUAGUAAUAAAAUAAUUGCAUUUAUUAUAUUUAAUAUAUACACUUUGUAUAUUUUAUCAUCCUAACUUCCCACCUACAACGGUGGCUCACCCUUCAAGUCUUUUUAAUAAUCUUUUCAUUAUGAUUAACCCGGUCAUAUAUUUUAUAUUAUUCCUAAAAAUUGUAUUAACACUUUCGAUUAGGCCUAACCCGUAACAAAUUUUCUACCAGACUUAUUAUACCACAAUGAUAUUUGUCACUUGUCUAUUUUGUUCAAUUUAAUAACAUUAAAUUAAAAUUGCGUUUUAAUCGUAACUAACAAACUCGGCGACAAUAAGAGGAGUGGCACGAUCGUCCUAGCAAAAGCUUUGUUUGUGAAUAGACCUUCAUAUUUUUCUAUUUAAAAAAGAGCAAUUUUUUAUUCCGUUUAAAAAGUGAUAUUUUCUUCAGCGAAAAUAGCUGUUUGAAACGAUAAUUUAUUAUAUUCUAGUACGGAAAUUAAGUACACGUUAAACACUAUCAUUCGAUCGAAAAUUACUACGUGAGUUCGUUGCGCUGAGACGUUCUUUCGUUGAAUUUCACUUUAAAAAGAUUGGAUGCUGAUAUUUUCUUACUUUGUUUAGACAAAUAUGUUUAAUUUGUAUUAGUACAUAGGUGCUCAAAAUAGCAAUUUAGGUCAAUAGUAUAUUUAAUGAAACGGUCUUGGGUUCUGAAAACAGAUUCGAUCAACGUGAAGGGGUAUAUGAAAUCGGUCGGGCCACAGCCGUUAAUUUUCAAAAAUUUAAUUUGAAAUACGUUUUCAAAAAUUAAAACUUAGAUUCAAUAUCAAAAAAUGGCUUGUGUACAUUUCUAGCUGAAUUCAAAUCAGUUUUCAACGUUCUAAUCGAUUUAAUUCAUAGAUAUUUUAUUAAGAGAAUUGAUCUGAAUUGCUAUGGCUUGUAUAUGUUAGACGAAGAGAGAAAAUAUUGGUAUCCGAUCCCCUUAAAAUAUUGUUCUGUUAACGUGUUCAGGAAUUUUCAAUGAGGGGGGAUGCUAUAUUAAAUAUUAAUAAUCAUGAAUAAAUCGUAGAAUCGUAAUAUGUACCUAACUCAAUAAUGGAAACUUAAAAGCCGGAUUAAAAAAAGCCAAUUUCUGUUCGAUAGAAUUCAAUUUUUCGUCGUAACAUGGCCGAAGUAUAUACAUUUCAGGAUUAAAUUACUAAAAAAAAAAUUCUUAGUUAUUUUAUUUUCAAGCCGAUUGGUGGGUAGGAGUCUCAUCCAACCCUCUACACACGCCACUCUCUUAUCCUAUUCGAUCGAUAUAUUCGAUAUAAAUUAUUGUCAUUUAAUGUGCCUAUACAACGAUACCUAUUAUGUUUUGGGCCCUGAUUCACAAAUUGAAACAGUAUAGUAUCACUAACUUUUGGAUUUUACUUCCGAUAAUAUUUCAAUUAUUUAUUCGAUAAUAAUUCGUUAACAAGCAGUCGAUUUAUUUUCAAUAUUGACAUAAAUGAUUAACCAGUUAUUUUUAACGGUAUAACUAUACCUAGGUACUGCAAUAUUGUAAACCAAAACGUUGACGUAUUAUCAGGUGAAAAAUGUUUAAAAACAAAAAAAAAUACUAAAAAUUAAUAUAUAUUUACUGAGAAAAUAGUUUGAGAGCCCUUGACAUUGUUUUUCGUCUUUCCUUUAUAUAUACAUAAUUGUUUACUUUUCGUUGUCCGUAAUAUUUAUUUUAACGAAUAAACUGAUUAACAUAAUUUAGUUUUAAGCGUAUUUUUCACAAAUUCGUAUUUUAUUGGCGUAGGAAAUCGAUCAAAACGGCGUAACGACAUUGACAUUGCCGUCGAUAAGCGAAGACGAUGAAAACUUACACGAAGAAUGCGACGGAUCACCGAAAUCGCCUCCUUCUAGGUCACCGUUACACUCCAACUACAGCCCAAGCAGACUUAACCUCAAUAAAUUAUCACAAAACAGGUAAAAAGUCUUUUCGAAAAUACACAAUACCUAAUUAAUCCAUACGAAAUUAAUUUAUGUAAAAAAAAAAAAACCAUUUAACUGUCUAAACAGUUUAAACGAACGAAAUACAUACCUAACGGUAAAAUAAACAAAAUAAACAAAAAAACAGAAAUUCCAAAAAGACCAUUUACAGAGAAAUUCGUAUCAUAAAACUUCUUUUUUUAUUGUGUUGCGGACCUGUAGUAUAAAAAUGAUGAUUACGCUUAGCGCGAAUCGAGAACUCUCGUCGGGUAGGUGUAAUAAAAGAACGAAUAACAACAAAUCAAAUGUUAUCUACACUUAGAUACCUACUAUUUUUUUUUAUAAACAUUAUGUUCACUUUUGAAUCUUAACUACGAUAAAUUUAGAAAAAGAAAAGGCGAAUAAUGAGCCGUUCUUAUACCGUUUAUAUUAUACUUAUCUAUAUUUAAAUACUCGUUUACCUGAAUAUAUCUUACUGAUUACAAUAUGAAGAAUAAAGAUAAUAUACCCAUUGUUGUAUAUAAAUAACUAAAACGAAUUUAAAAAAUAUUUUCUUUUAUAAUUUUAGUGAUACCCAAACGUUCAAUUAAUUUGCACAGCUUAUGGGCCAAAAACGCAAAAUUAUGGUAAUAUUCAAUUUUCAAACAUUGUAAUAAUGAAACGUAUUUCUGUCUAUUUCCAGUCUAUCUUGUGUACAGAUAAAUUACGACGAAAGUGAUCGUUAAAAUACGAUGCUAUACAACUAGGACUGACCUAACCGUAUUUUAAUAAUAAAUCUCUAAUCUGGCCUUCUCUUUUCUGUAGCUUAACUGCAGCUCUUUAAGAGCAUUAGAUGUUAACACAACUCGAUUCUAUUUGUCUCAAGUAUCUCUAGUACAUUCUCCCCGAUCGAUAUUUCUCUUUGUUAAAAUGUAUUUUUAUAUUUAUUUGUUUAACAUACGAGCUUAUUUAAAUAAAUAAAUAUAAAAAAAAAAACGUAUUGUUGUUAAACAAUAGACGCAUUCAUUAAAAACUUUUAACGAAAACCAUAAAAGGUUCUCGAAGAUUUUUUUUAUACAAUAUGGCCGUUAAAAAAUGGGUACCUAUUUUGUUUUUUGUUUUUUGUUUUUCGGAACAAACUUGAAAUACUUUCAGUUUGGCAAUAUGCUAUUUAUUUCGCAGUUUUUAGAAAAGUCGAUAAAAGUCGGCUGCAAUAGUCCAUUAGAGUGUAGGUAUAUAUGUAUAAAUACAGUUGACCACGAGUAAUAUUAUAUUACCGUACAAUGAUGAUAUAAUAAACUUUCACACUAGCUGUUGUAUAUAGACUUUCAAGAAUCCCAUUAACAAUUAUUAUUGUGGAAAGUAUUGCUUUACAUACUGAAGGUCAUGAUGUGAAAAAACUUAAACUCAAAGUGAUAGAUAGCACAUAAUAAUGUCUUGUACAACAGUUAAACCAUACCGUGUGUUCUCAUCGGAUUUUAAAAGAACUUAUAGACACACAGGCCUAAAAUACAUCCGAUUUCAAGGGACAAACAUUUUUUUAUUAAAUUGAAAGCGUUGAUAAAUUUCCAUAUCAAAAAUAAAAACCGGUGUAGAUUAUAAAUUAAUCCGUCCUUUAUAAAUUAAUUUACCUUACACAUUUAAAUUAUUAUUUAUAAAACGUUUGGACUAAAAAUUGUAACGAAAAAGUUAUUAUCAGUUUUAAACUGAGGUGAAAAAAAUGUAAAUACAUGUUUUUUGAUGUGAAAUUCCAAAUUACUAUUAAUUCUACAGUAAAAACGUAUAAAAUUUGGUAUUUACACACAUUCGUAAUUCAAGGAAACACACAUUGAUUUUCAGGUGACAUAUUAUUUUAAGCAUUAUUGGAUGCGUAGUACAAUUAUUGAGAUGGAUAAUAUUAGAAACCGUAGACCUAUAACUAUUAUAGUGAAUUGCUCCUACUACGCCCUUUUUCUAACGAGAAUGCUCAAAAUGUAACAUCUAAAAAGAAAAGAAAAAUAUAUAGGAUAAAACCAAAGAUAUUUUUCAUGGUUUUUUUAUAUUUGAUUAACGUAUUAUGCCAUAUUAGCUAUGGUAUUGUUUUUUAUGAUAAACGUUUUGUAGGUAUAGAAAAACACUAAGAUUACAUUUUUAUCUUUCCCGGGAUCACGAUUUGCUUAUCAAAUAUCUGACUGAAUUUUGAUCAAAGCGUGCGGUCCACUGUAUUGUAGUUAAUAGGUAUAUCGUAAAAAGAAACUCCGGGUGAUCCAAUACCUUACAGAUGGGACAAGUAAAAAAUGUUUUGGCACGACACUAUAAACAAAUAAUUAAAAAACUAUCAAUGCAAUUUUGACUGUUAAAACAAAAAAUCAUUAUAAUACAAUAAUUAAUACCAUAAAUAACACACGAUUGAAACAAUAUUCACGAUUCUUGUUAAAUAAUAAGUCUAAAAAAGUUAACAUUUUCUCGUUAAUUAUAUCGAUUUUUUCCCAAAUUAUUGUUUUAGGUGAUAAAAAUGCAAACAUUUUUAAGAUGAAUAAUUUUAAUUUUUUUUUUUUUUUUCUUAGAUCUAGAACGCUCCCUCGGAGUGACACCGAACACAGAAAAGUCAAUGUUGACAGACUCGACACGCAAGUCACUUCGCUUCAUUAUCACGUUGCGACUUUAAGUCAAGAGGUAAGUUAUUAACUAUAGGUUUAUUUACAUUUUUGAUUACAAAAGCAUUUCAGUAUGAAUAAUAAACUGCAUAACCUUGGUAAUAAAUGGUUGGAAAAUAUAAUUGUCAUUUGCUCAUAUACCUACGAAUAUACAUAUUUCCAGAAAUUAAAUUUUUAAUAAAUACUAAUUUUUAAUGAAAGUAAAAAUACAUAUAUCUUAUGAUUAUUAACUUUCUCCGCUUCUUUUUAUAUAAAGGCAUUUAAAUCGGUCUCAAAUUGAAAUUUCUACAUUUUCCUCUCUCGUAAUUAUUAUACUUAUAUAAUUUAUGUAUAACAUUCGUUAUAGAAAAAAAUAUGAAUAAAGGUAGUAUAAAUUAUAUCGUCGAACGAUUUAUUGUGCACAAUAAAAUUAUAACUAUUGUUGGAUAACUUGCAAGAUUGUUAUAUUACAGAAAAUGUAAUAAUAAUUUACAAUAAUUAUUAUAAAUUGCGGAAAAGAUUAAUUUUCAGUCAUAUUUUUUGUUAGUUUAUUUAAUAUUUUGUUCCACACAUAAAUUCCAAAAUCUUAUAUUAUCAUUUCUUGCACAGAUCUUUUUUUUUUUAUAUAAAAGUGAUUAUAAGCCAUUAUUUAUUCGUAUUUCCCGUGUAUAUGUUUAUAAUGAACUAAUGUGUGUUUGCCACUAUUGUAGAGGAGAAGUUGGGAAAUUAGAACAAAAAGAGUUAUAUAAUUAUUUAUAUCUGUAUGCAAUGAUGAAUCAUUGUUAACAUAAUACAAUUCUGAGCGAAGUUCGAUUAAACAUUUUUGAAAUUUCGAGAUUACGAUCAAACGCCCGAAAACAGCUAAAAGUUCAGAAUAUUUUACAAAUUUUACCACCCCUAGAAAAGGCUCAUACAAUUAUUAUGUGAAGAUGUCGGGGUUUUACAAUUAUUUUCAAUCAAUUUAUACAAAAAAAAAAAAACAGAAUCGAUAAUAAUGAAAUCGUUAUUGCCGCGUUACUUACCUCGGUUUUUUCCAAUUAUUGAGCAAACUGCAAGAAAUAUCAAAAAAUAGACAGACAUUGCACUUCAGUCUAUAAGUUAUAAUUAUCAAAAGAUCACACACGUGAUAAUCGGAACAAUAUUUCUAGUAUAAAAGCUGUUUACAAAUAGGAAAAAAAACACAUCAUUUAAUAGUAAAACCAAUACGUUUCUCGCUGGGUUCAAAAUCUAAUAUAACAUGGUACGGUAAAUUACAUUGUACAGGAAUAUGACGUUAUUUUCUGGCCAUUCAAGUUAUUUGCCUAAACAUUAAUGUGAGAAUUAUCGUGAUAUUUUAGCGAAACUGUAAAAUGUUGAGAUACUUGAUAUUUAUAUUUAUGAAUUAUAAUUAUACUUUUUGUCUGUCAAUCGAAAGUGACUGAACAAGUCAGAUUCGGGUAAACCCACUAGUUCAGAUGCAAUAUGUAAUAUGUAAUUCGCCGUUAAAUCUGAUAAAACUUCAAACCGCCAGAUGAAUGUUUGAAGGUUCAAAACCUUUGUUAUUUCGGCACCACGCGCAAUCGUACUGCACCCGUUGCGUUGCGGACCAUUAAAGGUACCAGACCUGCGCACCCUGACCUAAGACCGGUUGUAAUAAUAUAAACGUUUGUGCCCGUCAUGGGCCUAAUGAGUUAUUGUAUCACAGAAUUACUUUUUUUACACACGCAAAUAAAUUAGGGCAUAAUAAUGCGUCGUUUUAAAUUUGUUUAAAUAUACACAUCAUGUUUCAAUUAAUAUUAUUUGAGAAUAUCUAAUUGAUAAUGAUAAUUACCCAUGUAUAGUUAGUCAACACCGAAUAACGUUAUUAUCCGUUUAACGUAAUUUAGGUACUUAAAAACAAAAAUGUUCUUCGUCUAAUGACAUAUGAUUUCAUUCCAAGUGUUUUUGCCGUCGUUGCUACCUAUCUUGAACUGCCCCUCUCCAGUUUCCAACUCAAUGUUUUUCAAAUUAAUAUUUUUCUGGAUCCUCAUGGGUAGGCGUGGACCCGCGACUUAUUAUACAGGAUGAUUUUAUUAUUUUAUUACGAUUCAGUGAUUAUCUACGAAGAUUUUGAGAAAAAUUAACUUGGGAUUUUUUUUUCAUCGUUUUAGCGAUUUUAUUAUAUAAGAUAAUAACGUUUGCGGCACUAACACGGGAAAUACGGAAUUGAAAUUCCCGGGUAAAAAAUAAAAUAUCUAAACGUUAACUGAUUGAAAUUAUUUAAUUUUCAAAUUUCCGUAGCAAACCCAAGUCCGGAUUAAGCCAUUUAGAAACAUCCAGGGUCAAACUUUUCAGCGAGGUUCUCGAAAAGACCGAUAAAAAAAAUAACGUGGACAAUUAUUACCUACUGAUUAAUAUAUGGUUUAACUGAAGAACAGUGAAAAAAAUGAAUACAUCAUAAAUCUGAAUUUAAAAACCGCACGUGCUAUUCAAAUAAAUUACUACAUUUUGUUUUGAAAAAAAAAAAAUCACUUAUAUAAUACAACUUCCCCUUUUAUAAUACGAAUAAUCCAUCGUCGGGCAGCGAAAACAAAAUAUAUUCAAAUAUCAGAGUAGGUACAUAUAAUUAACGAUUUCGUUCGAAUAGACCGCAAAGGACAUGCUGCGGUAAAAACCGUGACCUUUGGAGGAGUCUGGCCAACCGGGGGGGUACAUGGCGCUCCCCGGAGUCCUCUUAAUCCGGGCUCGAGCGACCCCCGAAUCGGUAUAAAAACAAGUAAAUGUUUAAAACGCGCGGCACGAAACUCGCAGCAUAGUCAUCGUGUAAACUUAUAACGAUCGUAAAUCCAUCUCUCGUAUAUAUUAUUAUUAUAAAUACGGGCGAUAAUAUAAUUCCGCAGUUGUAUUUAUAUAUAUAUAUAUAUAUAUAUAUGCAUGCAUGUGUGGGUGUAUUUCAUUUACAUUUCUGACAGACUUUUAACAGUUAUACGCGCAAGCGUAUAAUAUGUAUAAGCGUUUAGGUGGUAUAAUAUAGCUGUGUAACACUUUGAUAACAAAACGAUGCCCAUAAAUUGCGAAUAAACAUAUUAAAAAGUUUCCGCAAACGAUGACUCGGGCAAAUAAAUUUGCGUUUGGGCUUUAGAACUACUGCGCCCGCGCGCGCUCUCGUAUGUUUGCCAAAUUCCGCGGACUAUUAUAAAUUAUGCAGUUUUUUAAUUGAAUAAAAAGUCUUUCCGACGGCACUUACAUCGGAGAAAGUUAAACGUUAUCCUCUUUAAAUCCGUUUAGGCGUUUUUAGGGCCCGCAGCCGUAUAAACACACAAACGACAAAAAAAAAUAUAUGGUUUUUACGGGAGUGGGUGUGUUUAUAGGUACCGUAAAACGGCAGCGCAACAACCGUAAGAAAUGCGCGAGACCAUUUUAUUAUUAUUAUUGUUAUUAUUAUUAUUAUUAUCAUCGUUAUCGUUUCGGCGUGUACUGCAAAACGAUUUAAACGUUCACGAAAACUCGAGUCGGUAUCUUUUUACACAGAAUGAUCCGAUUACGAAAAAAACCGGUGAUUUUAUCGGAGGAUUACAAGUGAAUUCGAUUUAUUUUUUUUUUCAAUCGUCGGACCGUUUUACGCUUCGUUUUACCGCUGUUUUAAAUUGUUCACCCCUACUCAUUAUACCAGAAAUAUGAAUGUACGCUUUGGACUUUCGGAUUAAGCCCUCGAUUCUAAACACGCGAAUUCGAAUAAGCAAUAUUGGUCUAAAAAUGUUGACACGCGUAACUAUAAUUUUGGAUUAUUAAUUACCGUUUACAAUAAGCAAUGUUUUGGCUCGUUCAUUAAAAUUUAAACUAGAGCUUUGCGAUUGUAUUUAAAUCAUUUAAACAAAUUGCGUAUACGAGUCAAUAAAGUUACUCACAAAAAGUUAAAUAAUUAAAAUAAGACCAUUCGAAUCCGAUGUUAAAAAACAAAAUUGUUUCUAUUCGCAAAAUGUGAAUUUUAUUGAAUAUGUAUACGAGCGCCACAUACAUUUUUUACAAUUGGCGUUCGUUUUGAUAUACCCUGAUUUUCCAAAAAACAAAAAAAAAAAACAUUCGCGCUGAAAUGUAUGCGUAUUUCGCGUUAUCGUCGUUACCGUUAUACUAAAUGAAACGCGGUGUAUACUAAACGAACGCUAUGAUAAUAUCGUUACAGCUACGUCACGUUAAACGUAAUUUUACGACCGGAAAUAUAAUGACGUCGUAUUUACAAUAAUAUAUAAUAUUAUUGUAAUACGCGUCGUUUGUCAUAAUGUACCGCGAAUACCUAAUCAUAAUAUUAUACCGUGUAGCCGGUUUGACGUUAAACAUAUUGUGGGUGCCAGUGGUGUGGCGUCAGCGGGUGUUUUGGAUGUUGUAACCCCCCCCCCCUCCUUAUGGAUAAAUCGUAGCUCUGUUGCUAUAGUUGAUGCACGGACUUUACUGAUCGGCGUGGCGAGAGAGUUCGUCGAUAAUUAUCUACAUCACCACGACUGUAUUAUAAUGCAUACUUAUUUAUACCGGGUGUCCCGAGGACAAAUCCGACAAAUUAAAAAAUGUCGAUACGUUUAAUUCCAUAGAUUCUGGGCGUAGUGAAAUAGUGGCGUUUCCAGGUGUGGUGGCUGAGGGUUCUGCAGCACCUCCUCACUCCAAAAUUUUAAUAUAGUUAAACAAUUAUUCUAUGGUCUAUGCAAGUCGCUGUGAAUCUAAUUAAAUUAUAAUUAACUGAUCUGAUUUUAAAUAGUCAUUUUUAUUUUGUUUGUCUUUUCUUAUCGUUCACUAUACUUUAAUAGCUUUCUUCAAUAUUUAAGUGUGCACCACAGGAUAAUAAUAUUUUUUUGUUCUAACUGCAUAUUUUGUCAUUCUGUUUGCUUCACGUUGAAAUUUCUAUAGCCACCUUUUGUAUGCACUGUUGGCCGUCGCGCAUCGAUCGGGAGGUACGAAAUAGCGUCAUUACGAGAUUUUUUUUUAUUGUCAUCACACAAAUAGACUUAAUAAUUACUAGUAGACUAGGUAGCGUGAUAAGUUCGUUAUAAAUACAAAUUUAUACAGCCAAACAGUAACCAAACCCUUGAAUAAAACCUCGCCAUCAGCAUGCUAAACUUAUCUAAGACACUAGUUAAACUAUCUCUGAAGGAAAAAAGUUUAAUUCCCCCUCCCCAAAAAAAAAAGAAAAUUCUGUCUACGACACUGAAGCAAGGAAUGUAUUAAUUUUACUAUGACAUGAUUUGUUUGUUUUUUUUUUUGUGACCAAACGACUUUUCUACCUAAAAUCUUGCUUCAGUGAACAUCUAAAUGUUUCUUCUUCUUUCUUCUUUAUGUUACUAAUAACUAUCUUGUAGAAUUUUCGAACUAGUUGGUGCACUGGAACGAUCAUUUUUUUAUUUUAUUUUCUUGUAGUUUUCUAAUUAAAUUGGAAAAACUGGAAAAUAUUUGUUUGUAAAAAUUUAAAUUGAUUUCUCAGGUUACCUACGCAACAAUGGAAAAAUACGACUAAAUUAUACUUAAAAUGCUCAGAAACGCUUUUGGUUGGCAAUAGACUAUCGCUACAUACAGAUAUAAUUUAAACUACUAUCUUCCCUUCCAAAUUUGCUCCUAUAAAAGUAGCACAUCCAUCAACAAUAAAAGUAACAGCUCUUUCUCUUUCUCUUUUUUUUUUUUUUAACUAGAUCCUUACACUGUUAUUUUUGUAUUUUUAAAAAGAAAAAAACAUUAUAAUUUUAUUAAACGAUGUCUUUUUACAAAAUCCAAGAAAGCUAUUAGCAUAAAUUUAUUUGUUUUAUGCAUAUUAUAGUAAACCUUACAUGGUAGAGGUUUACUAUAAUAACAAGUCAUGAAUUUUUCAAAAAAAUAUUUAAGUUUCAAUAAUUUAAAUAAAUAAUAUAAUGUUUGUUAUUACAUAGGAAGUUAUUAUUUAUUUACGUAAUCAAAAAUAUAAUAAAUUACAAUAUAAUAUUGUAUUCAAUUAUUAUUUAGCAUUAUUAAACUUUUAUUUUUGGUUUAAACAAACAUAUAUAAAAUAUAAAAAUAUAAGAAUCAUUGUGUAAGGCUCGUGUAUAAAAAAAAAAAAAUUAAUAAUAUUCAACAGAACAAAAGUACAAAAGUUAUUGUAUUUUUCAAAUCUCCGUUAGAUUACUCUUACGUAAUAUUAUUAUGUCAAACAUUUCAUACAACGGAGAGGUUUAAUAAUAAACCCAUAUUAUUCCCUUUGAAAAAAAAUCACCCAGCUACAAAAAUCAGUUGUAUUUGAUUAAAUCGUUGAACGCUACAAGAAAAUUGAAAAAAUAUAAAAACGAAUUACUUGGUCCAAAAAAGAAGCGAAACUAAAAAUAUACUUACAAUGAUGUUUAAGUUUCGAUACACCUAUAAACACAAUUUGCAUCCAUCCCCUAACCGCCCUCGCCCUAUAAAUCAUAUGCGAAAUUUUUCACCGCAACCGCUAAUCUAUAUCUUUUAACCUAAUAACCUUUAACCUCGAUACCAAAUUUUCAAAGGUCAUUAUUUCAUUGCUUCUCCCUUUACGUGUUUCAGGUGAAAAACGCCAUACAGGCACUGCAGGAGCUGGCGACUACAAGUUCGAACGUCAGAUACCCGUACUCGUUGCCGGCCAGGUCCAACCCCGACUUACCGGAUAACAUGAAGCGACCGCAGACGGCCAUGCUGCAGCGGAGCUCGUCGCACCCACCCGAAGUCUUCGGUUGGGACGGGCCGUACGACAGUCCGACCCACCGUGGGCAACCGUACAACAAUAACUCGUACCACCAGCAUCAGCAAUACCAGCACCAACAAUACCUACAGCAGUACCAGUACCAGCCUCACCAUUACCAGCCAUCGCAGCAACAGCAGCAGCAGCCGCAGCACCACCAGCAGCAAUUGCAGUUGCAGUACUACCAUCACAGGUCGUCGGUGACCAGCACGGUGGACGCGGCCGUGCAGACAGACGUAUCUGGCAUGGACGUGUUCGAGCGGUUCGUCAAGACGCACCGGCAGAUCGUGCUCGAGUGGCUCAAUGAGAGCGACCACGUGGCCGUCACGGUGUACGACGAUGAAUCGCAACAAGCCGUGACCGACGACGGCCACCGUUCCGGGAUGAACGCUGGCUGCGGUAGUGGUUCGGCGGUGGCGGCCAACGGACGCCGAAACGGGCAACGGUCACCGUCGUCCUCGACGUCUUCGUCGCCACGCGAAGAACGCCGGACCGAUCCGGCGGUUGUCGCCGAAGAACCGUCGGUCCCAACGCGGGACUGGUACCCUUCCACCGCUAUGAUAAGUGAACGCGUCGGCGACGGCUACGUCGAUGGCGAUGGCGCCGCCCGUGAAAAUACCGGAGAUGGUAGCCGUGUUGCCGAGUCAAUAGAAAUGACGAACAUGACGCCCCCCACCACCACUGCCACCACCACCGACGGUUCUCAGAAUCUUAAGUUCCAUCCAUUCGUUUGA